UCACCCCGCACUAAAACACCUCCUCCUCUGCCUCCCGGCACAGCGUCUCCGCCUCCGCCGGCGGGGACCCCAGGUUAUCAAGACUGCGGGACCCACUGCCCGCAGGACGUCUAAUCACGAUGUUCCCAAGGGAGACCAAGUGGAACAUCUCGUUCGCUGGCUGCGGCUUCCUCGGGGUCUACCACAUUGGAGUGGCCUCCUGCCUCCGUGAGCACGCGCCCUUCCUGGUGGCCAACGCCACUCACAUCUACGGAGCCUCGGCAGGGGCGCUUACCGCCACAGCGCUGGUCACUGGGGCCUGCCUGGGCGAAGCGGGUGCCAACAUUAUUGAGGUGUCCAAGGAGGCUCGGAAGCGGUUCCUGGGUCCCCUGCACCCCUCCUUCAACCUGGUAAAGACCAUCCGUGGUUGUCUACUGAAGACCCUGCCUGCUGAUUGCCACACGCGUGCCAGCGGACGCCUGGGCAUCUCCCUGACUCGAGUUUCGGAUGGAGAGAAUGUCAUCAUAUCGCACUUUAGCUCCAAGGAUGAGCUUAUCCAGGCCAAUGUUUGCAGCACUUUUAUCCCUGUGUACUGUGGCCUCAUUCCUCCUACCCUUCAAGGGGUGCGCUAUGUGGAUGGCGGCAUUUCAGACAACUUGCCACUUUAUGAGCUGAAGAAUACCAUCACAGUGUCCCCAUUCUCAGGCGAGAGUGACAUCUGCCCACAAGACAGCUCCACCAACAUCCACGAACUUCGUAUCACCAACACCAGCAUCCAAUUCAACCUGCGCAAUCUCUACCGCCUCUCGAAGGCUCUCUUCCCGCCAGAGCCCAUGGUUCUCCGAGAGAUGUGCAAACAGGGCUACCGAGAUGGACUUCGAUUCCUUAGGAGGAAUGGCCUACUGAACCAACCCAACCCUUUGCUGGCACUGCCCCCGGUUGUCCCCCAGGAAGAGGAUGCAGAGGAAGCUGCCGUGACUGAGGAGAGGACUGGAGGGGAGGAUCGGAUUCUAGAGCACCUGCCUGCCAGACUCAACGAGGCCCUGCUGGAGGCCUGUGUGGAACCGAAAGACCUGAUGACCACCCUUUCCAACAUGCUGCCAGUGCGCCUGGCCACUGCCAUGAUGGUACCCUAUACUCUGCCACUGGAGAGCGCAGUGUCCUUCACCAUCCGUUUGUUGGAGUGGCUGCCUGAUGUCCCUGAGGAUAUCCGGUGGAUGAAGGAGCAGACAGGUAGCAUCUGCCAGUAUCUGGUGAUGAGGGCCAAGAGGAAAUUGGGUGACCAUCUACCUUCCAGACUGUCUGAGCAGGUGGAGCUGCGGCGUGCCCAGUCUCUGCCGUCUGUGCCACUGUCUUGCGCCACCUACAGUGAGGCACUGCCCAACUGGGUACGAAACAACCUCUCACUGGGGGACGCGCUGGCCAAGUGGGAAGAAUGCCAGCGUCAGCUACUGCUGGGUCUCUUCUGCACCAAUGUGGCCUUCCCGCCUGAUGCCUUGCGCAUGCGCGCACCUGCCAGCCCCACCGCCACAGAUCCUGCCACCCCACAGGAUCCAUCUGGCCUCCCACCUUGCUGAGAACCAUCAUUCUCGGCUCACCCGGCUACCAGCCAAGCUCCAAGGUGUCCUGCCCCACUCAGAGGAGCCCUGGGGUGGAAUAAGACCUCUGUCCCCUGGCUCUCCCCCCUUACAUGCUGUGGAAUGAGGACACAGGACCCUGCACAGCUGCAAGUGGGUUUUUGAUGGGAAACCUUUCACCAGCCACUCACAAUGCUACUCCUGGUGGGGAGGGAUGAGGAGUAACCCUCCCCCUCACCUGUGCCUUACCGUUCACCUUUUCAGUGCAGGGUCAGUCUUAAGAACUCCACAUCUGCUGCUUCUCCCUGUUUUUCAAGUUUCCUUGCAGAGUACAUGAAGAAUUAUUUAUUAUUGCCAAAGCAGAUAUAAUAAAAGCCACAGCUUAGCCUCGGCCGUCCUCACUUCUGCAUGUCACUCUUGCCUCUGACUUGGGCAGCAGACACUUUCUCCCAGUGGACCGAGGACCUGUGUCUCAGUAUCUGACAGUUGGGCUUCACAGGGUUCUCUAAGUCCUGGCAGCUGGGGACCCUCUCCUAUGGUCAGCCCUCUGGCAAGGAUGUGUGUAAGCCGCUCUGUUUUCCCCAGGCUUGCUGACUGCCUCUUGGGCAGCGUUUAAGGGUCAGUUUGGGAGUUUGAGACCCUUAGUAUUAAUAAAAACUAAAACGUUGGGCUCGA